AAUUUUAGUUUAUUUAUUUUGAAUGAAAGAAACAUUGCGAAAUAACACCUAUAUAAUAGUUUCAAAAUUGAAGCCCACAAAGAAACCUGAAAACAAAUGAAGGACCUAAUCUCACUAGGGUCCCUAUCCACAUAUCUAAAGACCUUACUAUUCUGCUCGCGCCACAAAACCCAAAAAUAGCACACACCCCUGCAAGCCAUAAAAGGUGACCCUUCUCCCUUCGAGGUGGAUUGAGAAGGGACUCCUUGAUUAUCGCACUAACAUCUCUGUGACGAGUAACCACGAUGUUAAACGUCUGGUAGAAAGAAUCUCAUAUCGAACUAGAAAAUUCUCACCACCAAAGAAUAUGGUAUAUGUCUUCCUCUACCAUCCGACAAAGAAAACAACAAAAAGGACCAAGUGAGGGCAACUUCGUCUUAAGCCGAUCCAUCAUGUUAGCACGGCGGUGUAAAACUUGCUAAGUAAAGAACCUCACUUUCCUUGGGAUCUUAAUCCUCUAAAGCACCUAAAAGUCCGAUAGACCUAGGGGAGAAGGAUCAACCAAACUAAGAAAGAAAGACUUACAUGAGAACCUUUUCAAAGGAUCGGGGCUCAAAAUCCCUGCAUCUCUUAUCUCAUGCCUAAAAGGGUAACUCUCAGGUAAGGAAAUAAGUGGGACCACAUCCACCAGUGCUCUAUUGGAAGGAGUGCAACGAAACCUAAAAGAAAAAUAACAAUAGCUCUCAAACGACACAAGAAAGUCGAAAACAAAAUGAUUUUUUAUGGAAGACAAAUGAUACAGGCAAGGGAACAAUGUGAACGGAGAGGUCUCUUCUCCACCCAAUAGUCUUUCCAAAAAUACAAGUCUCUCCCCUCCCCCACCACACAGCAAACCAAAUGAAUAAAAGAAGAGAGCUCAUUUGAAAUAUUCUUCCACAAGUUUCGAUGAGUACUUUUAACCCCCUUAAACAUCAACAUGAAAGGAUCGGGGCCAUGCUUACUAAUAAUAAUCCUACGCCAAAGGGAACUAGACUCAGAGAAGAAACAACGUAGCCAUUUAAUCAAGUACGAUCCCUUCCCUUUCCCUUCCUCUCCAGAGAAGAAACAACUUAGCCAUUUAAUCAAGUGUGAUCCCAUCCCUUUCCCUUCCUCUCCAGAGAAGAAACAACGUAGCCAUUUAAUCAAGUGUGAUUUCUUCCCUUUCCCUUCCUCUCCAGAGAAAUCAUUUUUUAUAUCGAUCUAAAAAUUGAAUCAAAGAGUGAAAGCGAGUUUCACAACCUGAGGUAUUGCACAAGAGGAAGGGAGGGAACAUUUGAAACAAGCGUAAGUAAUAAUCCCACAAGCUGCAGAAUCUAGCGAAAUGAGUAUCAUUGCCACACAACACCAUAGGUUGAUGAUAUUAAGUCACGGAUUGAUUGUUAGAUAUCUCAUCAACAUCAUCAACCAUGGGAUGAGUGUUUUUUAUUUUUUUAUUUGUUUUUUAGUCUAAACCGUGGGAUGAGUGUCAAUUUUUUUUUUUUUUUUUUUUAGAGUCAACUUUCAUUGAGAAUAAAUGAAAGAAUACAAGGGCAUACAAAAACAAGCCAACCAUAACACGCCUACUAAAAGGAAGGGGUUCCAGCUAAGUAAAAUGUUAUCAUGAGAAUAAUUACAAAAAAAAGCUGCAAAACCAAAGGCCAAAGAGACAUAUGAGACCUCGCGAGGACCAAACCUCAUAAGGGUCCCUAUUCCUACCUCUGAACACUCUAUUGUUCCGCUCCCCCCAAAUAUCCCAUAGAACCGCGCAUGCUCCAACAAACCACAAAAAAUGACCUCUCUCUGAAAGGUGGAUGGAGGAACUCCCGGUCAUCGCACGAACAUCCCUUUGGCCGAAAAUCCGAACGUCAAACUCCUGUAAGAAGCAACUCCAAACAGCCCGUGCAUACUGACAGUCCCAAAGGAGAUGAUCAAAGUCUUCCUCCACCUUCCGUCGAAGAAUACAGCUGAAAGGCCCCAUCAGUGAAGUCAUCUUCCUAACAAGCCUAUCUAAGGUGUUCACUUGGCCAAGCAGAACUUGCCAAGUUAAGAACUUGGUUUUCUAAGGUAUCUUCAUCCUCCAAAUCACGUAAAAAACUUGCUAAACCAUGGGAUGAGUGUUAAAUUUAAUUAAAAUAGGAUCCAGAGAUAAAUUUCUAAAUAUCAUAAUCUAGUGUAAGAAGUCCUCUCUGCAAACACAAUCCCGUUUCAAACUUUAUGGAGGGAGCAAAGAAUAACAAAACAAGGACUAGAAACUUCCCUUAGAACAUCGAGUAUACUUUUGACCAUCAUGUUCACAUCUUGAGCUCUUUCCAUUGAUAGCAAGACAUACUUGACAAGGUUACAAAACCAGAAUGAAGGUGAGGAUCGUUUUGAGGAAGGUUUAUGAUUACAUUCGGUAUGAUUUGAAGGAAAUUGCAUUUCCUUCGUCGUUGCCAGAUCCUCCACAUGUAAAGAAGCGUCGAAAGCUUACAUGGCACGAACGAUUCUUGGUGUUGAAGGAGGCUUCUAGGUUAUAUGCUGCAAGCUGGGUGCGGGACAUUGGCCCUGACCUGCGACCAAAUGACUAUAAGGUGCAAGAAAGCGAAAACAAAACAAAUUCUGGAAAAAGUGCGCCUAAGGAGAAAGUACCUUCAACACUUGAAGACCUGGCCGUGGCUGCAAGAGGAGGAAUGGAGACAUUAAAACCAGCUUUGCAGCGGGUGUAUAUGACUAGAGCUUCUGCAUAUAGAGAUGCUCUAAAAAAUUUUAUAGAUGGGUAUCAAGAAGGUAUUCAGCAUGUCCUGGAGAAAAAGGACGUAUCUGAUUCCCAAAAGGGAAGUGAUAAAAUCUAAUAAAAUUUCUGAUAGUUUUUUAUGCUUUAUGUAAAAGUUGCAGAACUGUGAAUAAAAUUGUUUAGAGGAUUGGGCAGUUCAGUUUCCAUUUGUAAAAAUUGGUUCAGUUGAGAUUUUGUGUUGUUUUUGCCAGUGCAUUUUGAAACAUAUAGUCUUGAGCGUCUUCUAAAUAUGCACACAAGCACACAGUCGAGAAAAGAUAGCAAAUUAAACCUUUAUGUUUUCUGCAUAAGAACUAUUCCCAUGCUUAUUUUCCCCUGCCAUUGUCGAUUAUUUUAGAGUUCUUAGUGACCGUUUAAUAUUUGCUUACAAGAAGCCAUGGAAAGAUUAGUGUGGAGGAAGCUGCUUUUGGCUGCUAAAUGAAUGAUUCAGUUGUUGUUUUUCUUGUUUCUGCCUAUGUGGUCUUCCUCUUUGGGACUCUCAAGGCUUUUUACCUUUGGUCUUUUUGAGAACUGGAUUGUUGAUUCAAGAUUACUCUCGCAAAUUUGUGAACAUGUGUGAAAUUAGCGAAGAUUACAGGAAAAUAACUUCUGGUCCUGUAAGGUUUGGUUUACCAUUUGUCUCAAGUUGGAUAAUUUUUCAACACUUCAGAUGUAAAUUCUAGAUUGCAGCUGGCCCCUGCGUUCACAUUAAGAUCGUUCUGGCUUUUCAAUCAUGUCUUGAGGUAUCUGCAUGGUGGAUUGAAUUUCCAAUACAGCCAUAACUCUAUGAUUUGACAACAAAGAGCUGGACGCUGAUUUUGCAAAUUGAGAUUGAAAUGUUGUGGCAGAGUUGGGUCAUAAGAUGCUGUGGAGAUGCUCAAGUACACUUUAUUAUGGUGAGAAGGAAGGUUGAAAAUGACUGGGCAUUAUGGGGUUUGAAGGGCCCAUUUAGAAUUGGGUCCUUGCUUUUAGCAGAUUAGCUCCCAAUGUUCGAGCUACUACCAUUUGGCUUUUCCCAGCGAAGCCUGAAUUGUUGUAAGCGAAUGAGGUACCGAUUGCUCCAUAUUUUUUAUGCUCUUUUUGGGACUGCAAUUAUAAAAAGGAAUCAACAGUGAAGUUGCUCAAUAUCAUGCCUACUGUUUAGUCUCAUGCUUGGUGUUGCUUCUAUUCUUUUCAGUUUUAAAGCUGAUGGUUCUUGCUUUCAAGUCUUGUUGUGUUAAUUGGUUAAAAAUCCUAUUUUAGAGAGAAUAACCAGGUGAUUUCCCUAAAAGAUAGCAUGAGAAGACCAGAGAUUGAUUUCGUUUGAAUCGAAUCAUUGGUUAAGGUAGCAUGAGCUGAACUCUCUUAUUGUCUAGGCUUAUCUCAAUUUAUAAUCUGAAAGAGAUUUGUCCAAGUACUUUUCAACUAUUUAAAAAAAAAAAAAAAAAAAAAAGACUUGUACAAGUAUAAUAAGUACUAAAGAUCCUGACAAAGAAUCAAGUGACCAAUCUCUUUAUUGAUAAACUAAUGAUUGUUUGAUGCGAUUCACCAUAACUUAUGCAGCCAUUGAAAUGUCUAAUUUUCAGUUACCUUUGGGUUAGUACAAAUAUUGACUAUGCUAAUUUUGGUAUUUUUGCUUGUUUCUGUGUUCCAAAGUAUUCUGGAAUCACAAAUGAACGGAUCGAUGAAAAGAUAAGUGGAAUGGACCAUGGACGAAUUAUCACUUGCUAUUACUAUAUGUGUACUGUACUUAGUCAUGCAUAAUAGAGUGUUGCUUUCCAAGCAUAUCCCCUAAGUAGGAGUCCUUUCAUUCCUUUGAUUAGCCAUUUCUUCAAUGCCAAUGAUAGCUUGCACACAUAUCUGGGGACCCCCCCACUUUCAAAGCCACUGAUGAGGAAAAACAUCAACCAGGGAGGUCAAUGGCUAUCUCUCGUUUGAACAUUUACGGGCCCCGCUAGCAAGAUUUCCUAACUCAUCUUUUCAUCAUUCGCACAGGGGCAGACAUAGCAUGAAAAAUUAACAUCCGCCUCUCGAGCAGAUCAGAUCAGAUGGAUUCACAGAAAAGGGUUGAAAGGACACGACAACUGAGAAGGUAAAUCUUUAUAUAGAUGAGUUGAGAAAAGAAAGGUUAGAUUUUGCUAAAACUUUUAAAAUAGCAAGAGUAGAGGGCAGGCUAGUACGACGGGACUGUCACCGAUCCAUCUAAUCCUCACCCACUCAAAUAAAGCACUAAACACAGCCCCAUACCCUCUCCUCCCCUUUUUCCACUACUCAUAUUUUUCGAGCCUCUCUCAAAAAAUCUUCACCCAGAAUCUCAACAGUAGUCAAAUACAUUCCUCAUUCCUGACCUUCAACGGUCCUAGUCUCCCAUUUGCAUGUAUGACGUCAGCCCUAGCUACCUUCCUUCUUGGACCCCACUUUUUUCCCCUCUUCACACCACAUCCUUAUCCAUGAUCUCUGUUUACACCCUCCACCCAUAACCUUGGGAAGUUGGCCAGAAAAUCUGGGAUUUCCUUUUUUUUU